AUGAAGCUGAAGUUUCCAAACCCAGGACUGGAUGACCGGAUUCCUUCUCAUAAGGCUCUGGAACAGAUGGAAACUGAGGAAGCUGGAGACAGGCCCAAGUGGGACAACAAAGCCCAGUAUCUGCUCACUUGUGUGGGAUUCUGUGUUGGACUUGGCAAUGUCUGGAGGUUUCCUUAUCUUUGUCAGAGCCACGGAGGAGGUAAGCCAGGAUGAAACUGAGUGUUAUCUGACUGAAUUCUUUCACAGAGGCAUCAAAUGUUAAAGCUGCUUGAAAGUAACUAAUGUCAGUGAGCUCAAAAGGGUUCAAGUAAAGUCUAAGUUUUAUCUUUUUUUUUUGUCAGAAACAGAAACUUUAGCUACUUUGGUCUACUUCUUUCAGUAAAAAUUCAUCCCAUUUGUGCUGAGCAUCUGUGAUUCAUAAAGCUUUGAACAGUCACACACUAAAACACAUGAAGACAUAAAUCCAACAAAACUGAUAUUUCAUGCAAAGGAGCUUUUUUUUCUAAAUUGAGAAAGUAUUAUGAGAUUAAUUUAGUGUUUGAGUGCAACAAGAAAUUACAAAUUACUUUAAGAAAUUUACCCAUCACAGACAUAAAAUUGUACAUACAGACGGACAGAGAGACAGUUAGACAUAUUAAAAGUUUCAGGUAAAGUUAAUUCUAGUUUCAAGCAUUUAAAAAGCAAUUUAUUAUAGGGCAUGUUUGUUAAGAAACACACAUUUGUAUUGAUCUUUAAAUUGAAUUGUAUCAUGCUGUAUUGCAAUAUUAAUUUCAAUUGCAUUUAAUCAUAAAGUAAUGCAUUAUAAUAUGUCAUAUUUUAUUUUAACCUGUAAUAUUUUAUCUAUUAUACCCUCAUGAAAUGUAUUGUAUGCAAUUGAGCUGUAUUUCAACCUAUUGCUUAAUCAAUCUAUCAAACCAUUGAUAUUUAUAGAAUGCCAUUUCACAACAAAUAUCAUCUUAAGAUUGUUUAGUUAUAUUUAUAAAGACCCAACGUCUUCUAAGCUCAGACCAAAUCUUAUUAUAUUUUAAUCUACCGUAAGUGUGAUACCUUUCAUGUCCUGCUGUGUCAAUAAGCAAAAAGUCACCAUAUUUUGACUUAUAUUCAUUAUGGUAAAUUUUGUACCUUCAGGGGCGUUCAUGAUACCAUUCCUUAUCCUGCUGGUCCUGGAGGGAAUCCCGCUUCUGCAUCUGGAGUUUGCAAUCGGUCAGCGCCUGAGGAAAGGCAGCGUGGGAGUGUGGAGAUCCAUCAAUCCAUACCUGACAGGAGUUGGUAGGUUAAGAAUAAAUGAUUAAAAAAUAAAAGUAAAGACUUAUUUUAUGUGUCUCAGUAACACAUACACAAAAAAUCAUAGUGAUUUUCAGUCACUCUGGUAAGAGGUUCAACUUUUUGUCUGGUGUCGACUUUUUACUUUCAGUCCAAUGUAUUAGUGCUUCUGUAGGAAAUAUCGUAUCAAUGUGCUAACAUGCUAAACUAAGGUGGUGAACUUGGAAAACAUGAUAAACACGCAAUAUUACCUUCACCAUGCCUUAGUUUUAAGUAUGGCUGUAACCCAGCAUGGCCACUCACUGUAAAAUUGCAGAGUACUCUUUCCAUCAAAACAUUAAUGAUUGCUUCAUCCUAUCGCAGGUAUUGCAUCUCUGUUGGUCUCAUUUUUGGUGGGCAUGUACUACAACACAAUCAUGGCCUGGAUCAUGUGGUACCUCUUCAAUUCCUUUCAGGAUCCUCUGCCUUGGAGCCACUGCCCACUCAAUGCCAACAGAACAGGUAUCACAACAAAAAUCAAACUCCCCCCAAAAAACGGUUCGCUGUAGAGUUGACCUUAACCCCAAGUUCUUUUCUUCUUUUUCAGGUCUGGUGGAGGAAUGUGCGAGGAGCAGCACUGUUGACUACUUCUGGUACAGAGAGACCCUGAACACUUCCACAGCUAUCGAUGAGGCUGGAGGUCUGCAGUGGUGGAUGGUGCUCUCCCUGGUUGCUGCCUGGACUCUGCUCUAUGUUUGCUGCAUCAGGGGAAUUGAGACCACAGGAAAGGUCUGCAUCUGAAUAUUCUAGUACAGUAGUUUAUGUGAAUUUUUUCCAUGUAUAGGCUUGUCUCUAGCUUACUUGGUCGUCUUUUUUUAAUUUCUCAGGCAGUCUACAUCACCUCUACUCUCCCCUACCUGGUCCUCACAAUCUUCCUCAUCAGAGGGCUGACUUUGAAAGGAUCUUUAGAAGGGGUGAAGUUCCUCUUCACACCAGAUGUAAGUACUGAUCUAAUCACUUAACCAACAUGUUAAGAAAUACAGUGCAUUAUAAGAGCAACAAGAAAUAUUCGUCUCCCUGAGAGUAAUAUAAAGGAUACUUACAAAUCAAGGAAAUGUAGUCAAACAUACAGGUUAAAAACAGCUUGACAAUGAAAAAAAGGUUUAUGUGUGGGGUUCUUUAAUAAAAGGGGGCUGCAGCUUUUUGAAGUUUGGUUUCACAAUGAGUUUGACUCUGAAAAGUGCAAUGGAAACGUUGGGCAGACCCAUAAACCUUGGUGGAACAGUAACUUGUUUUGAAGAAUGGAUUUGAUUGCUGUCAGGAUGAGCAAAGUCAAGCAGAGCUGACUUGACGUGAUUUGAUUGUGCGGUCAGGGCUGAUAACAAAAGUUCAAGGAUAUACUGUCAAAUGUCGAAUAAAAAAACAACAGACCUCGACGAGACUGAAACAUCUUAUACUGUACACUAUUAGAUAUGAGUUUGAUUCAAAUGACAACUCUAAGUACACCCAGAUCUUGUGAAAAUAAAUCAAUAUAUCAUCCAGUGACUUGAUAUGCAUCUGGUACAAUAUCCAACAAACAUCUCGCUUUGGAGGUUUUACUGUUUGUCCUUAACAAGAACAAAAAACAGGUGAUAGAAAAAAAGGUUCCUGUUAGCAGUGCGGGCAUACCAUUGUUACUACUGUUGAUGUUUAACAAAAGCUUAAAAGCAUAGAUCCUUGGCAAGUUUUAUUUCACUCUGAGUAAAUGCUUUUUUUUCCCCCCUCAGGUGGAUGAGUUAAUGAAUCCACAGACCUGGUUGGAUGCAGGAGCCCAAGUUUUCUAUUCCUUCUCCUUGGCUUUUGGAGGUCUCAUUUCUUUUUCCAGUUACAACUCCAUUCAGUAAGUAGCAGCCUCGAUCACAGAGCUUCUUCUCUCUGUUUAAAAAGGUGUUUCUCACAUGAUCAUUUCUUCUUGUAGCAACAACUGCGAGCAGGAUGCUGUCCUCAUCUCCAUUAUCAACGGCUGCACCUCGGUGUACUCUGCAACCGUGAUCUACUCCAUCAUCGGCUUUAGGGCCACAGAAAAAUAUGACAGCUGCAUCGACGGGUGAGUUUUAAUCUGCACAUAGCAAGCCAAAAAUCAGUAAAGUAAAGUAAUCAGUACCUAAACUAAGGCCACUGUUAUCUUCAUCUUGUGAUUUUUCUGUAGCAACAUCAUGAAGCUGCUGAAUGAAUUCAACUACCCUGAAAACAGCAUCACAGAAAGCAACUACGAAAUGGCUUUGGAGCACCUCAACACAACAAACCCAGAUAUCAUCAGCGGAUUGCAACUUGACAGUUGUGUUAUGAAAGAUUUCCUCAGCCAGGUUAGUAAAAAAACAAACAAUUUUGAUAUUUUUCUCACUCUUUAAUUCUUUUUGUGCUGACAGUAUUCUCACUGAUUAAAUGAGUGGUUGAAAUUUUUGUAUGUCAUGUCAUUCAGGGAGUUGAGGGAACAGGCCUGGCCUUCAUCGUUUUCACAGAGGCCAUUAUUAAGAUGCCCGUCUCCCCUCUCUGGGCUGUCCUCUUCUUCGUCAUGCUCUUCUGCCUCGGCCUCUCCACAAUGUUCGGCAAUAUUGAGGGGGUGGUAGUACCUCUGCAGGACCUCAGAGUACUGCCCCGGACAUGGCCCAAAGAAAUCUUCUGCGGUAUUUAUUCGCAUUUACUCUAAAAUGUAUAUUUAGUUUCACAAAAAAAUGAUCUAGAAGUAAGAAUCUAAACUUUCAUUUCUUCUUUUUCAGGCCUGGUUUGCCUCAUCUCUUUUGCUCUGGGACUCAUAUUCGCCCUGCGCUCUGGGAACUACUGGCUGGCUCUUUUUGACACGUUUGCUGGCUCUAUCCCCCUUCUGAUCAUUGGGUUUUGUGAAAUGAUCGCUGUUAUCUACAUCUAUGGGGUAGAUAGGUAAGUCUUACUGUGAAGAGAUUGUUGUAAUCAUGUAAAGAUUAUGACUUAAAGCACCGCCAACAGCUUUGUGAUUAGUGCUCAUUGUAAAUUCUAAUAUGCUUGUAAAGAAGGGGAAAAUGCAAGUUAGUUAUAGAAAUUAGAACCCUGAGAGAAUACCAGACCUCUCCAGGAUUUUUAUUGAUUAAGCAAUUACAUAUUUUAUUUUAUUAUAAUUAUACAAUAAUUAUUAAUUAUAUACAGGUUAAAAAAUUAGCAUUAAUCACAUUAGACAAGAUGAGCAGGGCGUCUGUAGUAACAGAAAUAGCCUGCUCACUUGUUAUUCUUUAAUUAAAUUGAAUAUUUACAUUGAUUUAAUUGGAACUGUGGGGUUUGCUUUUGCUAUCCAGACUUCAUCGCUGUUGACAUGGGGUUGUGAAAGGGUUUUUACUUAUUAAACCAAUUAAUCGACCAGUCAAUAAGUAGUAUUUUGAUGAAACUGGUGUCGUAUCACCGUUGACUGUCACAAAUCAGACAUCACUUUUAUCUUUCCAAAUUAAAGUAUGGAGUAAGGGAGUUUAGUAAUAUCAAUAACAAUAUCAACCUUACUUUUUUAUUUUGUUCUUUCUUACUUCUUUUAGAUAGCUAAGAAGAGAUCCAAAUGUGGCAUAAUUUUACUGAGUCAAAUAUUUUUCCAUCUACUUUUUUCCAUCUUUGCUCAGCAAUAUCCUUCCUAUUUCUGCGCACUUUUGGGCACGCCUCCACACACAUGUAGCAGUCAUUCACUGGCAAGUGUAGAGGAGAAUGGAUCAUUGUUGUCCGACCUUGGACAGAGAUAAUGUAUCACCGUAGGACAGAUAAUAAAGUACAGUGUGUCUUGUGAUGUAGCAAGAUUACAUUGUCGGUAAAUUGUUAUUUUCAGCUGACUCACUGCUGAUUAGAGGAGUAAAAAUAGCCCCCUUGUGAAUUUUCAUGUGAGUAAUAAACUUUCUUGCAUAACUUUCUUUGUAAAGUUACCUUGAGUGUCGAGAAAAGCGCUUAAACAAAAUGUUCAUCUGAGCAGUUAUUCUAGCUUUAACCCAUUUUGUCUAGUUUAAAGUCUUUUUAGAAAAAUAAGGUUAUAGACUAGAGUACAGAGACGUGUUUUUUUCCCCUUCAGGGUCAGAGCAGAAUCAACAAGGUGAUCUUGAAAAAGGCCACUGCUCUGUAUUUACUAUCUAAUAAAAGUACAGGGCCAUAUUUUAUGGGUGCUUUCAUGCGCACUCAGCUAACAUUAUGUCUCCCUCAUGUUGCCCCCAACAGGUUUAACGAGGACAUUGAGUUUAUGAUCGGCCAUAAGCCCAAUAUCUUCUGGCAGGCGACAUGGAGGGUGAUCAGUCCACUCAUUAUGAUAGUCAUCUUGAUUUUCUACUUUGUAACUCAAGUCUCCAAGAACCUCUCCUAUCUGGUGUGGGACCAGGAAGCAGUGAGUAUACAAUAUCACAAAUACUUCUUUUUCCAGUUCUUUAAGGAUACAAAGUCUCAUAACUCUGCUUUUAUUCAUGGAUUUUUUGAGUUUUUAUUUCAUUUUAUUUUAAUUAACUAUCAUCAAUGGUGACUCAAUAUAAAACCUUUUUUUUCUCCUUAUUUGAGUAAUUGACUGUAAUAACACUUCUCUUACCUGUGUCUGCAGGCUGAAUUCCCAGUUCUUGCUUCACGCUCGUUCCCCUCAUGGAUCUAUGUCAUUAUCUUCAUCCUCGCUGGAAUUCCCAGUUUGGCUAUCCCAGGAUUCGCUCUCUUCAAAUUCAUUCAGAAGAAAUGCUGCAAGCAAAACGACUACAGAGAGGACAAACUGGACACUAUCUCUGCCAAAGUACAAAUGAGUUAAAAGUCAAGUUUUGAGUAAUUUAACUAUGAAUAUUUAAUGAAAAAGAAGAGAUUUUUGUUAUAAAAGUAUCAUUGUACAAUGAUAGUGGUGGCUGCUGACAUGUAAAGUAGAUGUAAAUUUGCAAGUAUUUUCUGUAAAACAACAAAACAGGAGAAGAUUGAUUUUUUUCUUCGUAUUGUAAUGUUUAGUUCCUACUGUGUCAUAUUUCAUAUGUAUAUGUAUGUUGUACCUAAAUAAAAAAUGUAACAUUUUGAUAAAUGUGCUGUUUGUUUUCUCGCACCCAUGUGAAGUUCUCAACACUUGUCAUGUGUUUGCAUUUCUGCUAAAUAUAAGGUGACAGCCAUCAGUUUGGUGCCCACAUGCACAAAUUGUUGCAACUUCACUGAUAAUUUUGAUCUCAAACCACAAAAAGAAUUUGAUAUAGAAUAUACGGGGAAAGGGGUUUUCUACACUUCUGAAAGCUCACAAGUAUUCAGCCCAGGUUCAUACAGGGUCAAUAUGUUUGAGUGAAAGAGCUAGUAAUAAAUAUUAAUAUUCAAAAUAAGGACUCGACCAGAAUGUGGGUACAUGCCCAAUGGGGACUCGUCUCAAAAUCCUCUGAGGUGACUUGGACUUGAUAUGGACCCAAACCCUGAUGACUUAAGACUUAACUCAGACUCAAGGUUUGGUGACUGGUGUCUAUAACACAAAACCAUAGACUGUAUAUACUAUGGACAACCUGGUUCUGCCUUCUGCCAGUUUACAGAUUUGAAGCCUAAAAGCUCUUGGUAUUUCCAUGUUUUUUCUCCACUUCCUGAAACCAACAUUGUGCAGUAGCAUUGUAUGCAUUUGGCGGGAGAGUCGAGGUGAUGACACUCGGCUCAAACAGCAUAUCCCCCGGGUGAGCUACACAAUCUUCAUACGCCUACAGGCUGUAUCAGGUGUCAAUCAUAGAAAACAUGAACCCCCAAAUAACUUUUAAAAGUGGAGCUGCACAGAAAAAAAGAGGACUUGAGCACAAACCAGUCUUACUGUAACUACAUGUCAACAUCCCAAGCAGAGGGGAAAAAAAUUAUGUUCUGUAUAAUACAUUUCUAAAGCUUGACCACGGCCCCAUAAGGAUGGCUGGCAGAGGCGGGAUUUAUGUGCUAUACUGCAGCCUGUCACCAGAGGGUGCUGUUCUCAGGAUGACUUCACCCAGCGAGGAGGCAGACGGCGUCAGUUCUAUAUACAGUCUAUGGAUAAAACAUACAAUCUUUAAAGGUCUUUGGACUUAAUAAUUCUCCUUGCAUUAAAAACACUCACACUGACAGCAAAUGUUUUUAAUGGGCUGUCAUGGUAACAGAAUUUCACUGCAGGAUUAUCAUGGCUAUAAAGUACUGCAUCAGUGUUAUCAUUGUGGUAUCUAUGGAAAGCUUGACAAUAAAACACCAUGAUCAGUCAACAAAAAGAAAAAAAAAAGACAAGGCUGGAGCAACAAAUUACUUUAUACACUUUACUUGAUCACAAAAUGAACUAUCAUGGCAUCAUCCAUUUUUGAUAAUAUUCAUAUUUAUGGUUUAUCAUCAGCAAUGGGACCAAAAGAAGACAUCGGCUCAUGGUAUGAGUGUUUGUCAUGUCUUUAUUUUGAUAUCAAUCCCUGUCUUGCUUUUAAAGUGUUUAAUAUCCUGCAUGGCCAAACUUUGCCUUUGUUUUAAAGUAAACUACUUUUUUAGAUCAUAAAUUACAGAUCUCUUGGACAUUACUUUUAAAAGUGCCUAGCUGGCUUAUGAGCAGUGUGCUACUCCUUUGUAUGUCCUCCUUUUCAAUACAUGUAACAGCCAUCAUAACGGACCGCUUCUCUUGAGUCACAGUAUUAUGCUUAUUUUUGGCACAAUAUCAAUAUAUUAUUUCAUUUUUUUAAAGACAGUUGUUAUCGAUAUCGGUACAUUGUGACAGCCCAAAAUGAAACCAAUUAACUCUCCACUUUUAAUUUCCUGUCAUCACACUAAAAAUUAAGUAAGCCUAAAAGUGAGUUUACAUAUUUGAGAUAUAUGAUUUUUUAAACAUAUUAUGCGGAUCAGACUGGAAAAGAUUAUUAGAGAUAUAGAGACAAAAGCGCUGAGUGUGCAAUCUGGCUAAUCGGUGGCCUGCUGCAGAUAGUUGAAGAUCAUAAACUUGCUUCAAUAUUGCCGGCUGCUCACAUGCAAACCUUCAUUUGUGUGGACUUACCUGUUUCUUUAACUACAGUCAACACCACUUUACUGCUUCAGUGCACAUGCUCUCGCCAUGAGAGUGGUACUUCCUAACCCAGGACUGGAUCUCAGGAUCCCAAACUAUGAGGAUCUGGAGAGACUGGAGAAGGAGGGUGUUGGGGACAGGCCCAAGUGGGACAACAAAGCUCAGUACAUCCUGACCUGCGUGGGUUUCUGCAUUGGACUGGGGAAUGUGUGGCGAUUCCCAUAUUUGUGUCAAAGUCAUGGAGGAGGUAAGAUGAGAAUAAUGGUCAUGUGGUUAAGUUAUCGAUGGUAUUUGAUGCUGCCUGUAAUUAUAGUUUUUCAUCAGUGCAGGAUUCAUUUGUGUUUCUGGAGGUUAAAUCUCACUGAGAAGUUCAUUUCUUUGGAAUAAAACCAUGUUUGUUCGACUGGCUCAUAGUUAAAUACAGCACACAUUCAUGGCCACAUGACAGUGGUGUGAAAUCACCACCAGUUUGUAUAAAUGAUUCACCAAAGUAUGAAGUCUUCUGAAGCAGAGAUUGACCUUUGUCGUAAUGUAUGAGAGGCAGCCCUGGAUCAGUGCUAUGCUGCUAAAAGUUGGAAGUAAAUUGUGAGAACACAUGUAAGCACAUUACUCUGAAAAUGUAGAUGUCUGAGGUGGAAACUCAGAUAUUUGUUUGGAAUUCUCUGAGAAAUAGUCACAGAAGAUGGGACAUGUGUAAGGCAUGUAUAUUUUAAAGGUAUAUGUUGUUUUACUGUGACUUAUUAACCACAGAGUUCAAACCAACAUAGUCCAGACACUUUCUUUAAUCUACCAUGAUCAAUAAAAAGGAGGAUGAAAUAAUACUUAGUGACAUUCAAGUAUCAAUUGUGAUGAAAUGGUAUUUUCACUGUGUGAGAUCCUUGUUUUAUGAAUUAUAGCUCCUAUGUGGAGUUUGUCACUGGUUAGAGAACACACUGACAUUAACAAACAUCGCUCACUUUUACCCCCAUUGAAGUAAACAAGAAAGGAUAAAAGGAUACCUAAAUUGCUUUAAGCAACUGCAACACAUUAGCAGGCUGAACACUAUUUUCAAGAGUGCAAAUCACCACCUGUGGAUGAAACUAAAUUUACAGAAGUUAAAAGCACUUGUUGCAUGGUUGGAUAUUAACUGAAAGCCAUUCAACAUUGUAAGUAUUGCAUUAAAAUCAGUUUUGAAAUGCCAAAUAAUAGAAUUUUAAACAAGGGACUAAAAAUGCAAAUCAUCACAAUAGUCAUCAGUAGGCCUAAGAUAUCAUUAGACAGCCCAGGAUGUAGCACUUUCAGAAUUUGGGAAGCUCCCACCCUCUAAGCCUCUUCUCAUUUUCCUCUGACAGGAGCAUUUUUGAUUCCAUACCUGAUCCUGCUGGUGUUGGAGGGAAUGCCUCUCCUGCUGAUGGAGUUUGCCAUUGGCCAACGUCUUAGAAAAGGCAGUGUGGGAGUUUGGAGGGCUAUCAACCCCUACCUGACUGGUAUUGGUACGUAAAUCAUAAUUAUGAAUACGUAUCUAGCUACAUGUUGAUCAGAUAUCACAGUUACUAAAACCCUCUCUCAGGUGUAGGCUCCAUGUUGGUGUCAUUUUUGGUUGGGCUGUACUACAACACAUUGAUAGCCUGGAUCAUGUGGUAUCUCUUCAAUUCUUUUCAAAGCCCGCUGCCUUGGGCCCAGUGUCCUCUUAAUGACAAUGGGACAGGUAUGUUUUGACACAACCAAACAAUAGCAAAAAAAAUCCCCAUGCCCCGUGUAUUACAGUUUAAUCUGAUUAUAUCUAUUGCUCUACAGGAUUUAUACCAGAGUGUCAGCAGAGCUCCACUGUGGAUUACUUCUUUUACAGAGUGACUCUGAGCAGCUCUACUUCUAUAGCUGACUCUGGAGGGAUCCACUGGCCCAUCGUUGUCUGCCUGCUAGCUUCCUGGUCAGUCGUUGCUAUCUGCUGUAUAAGAGGCAUCAGUACUUCAGGCAAGGUUUGUUCCUCUAGUCACGCCAACAUAAGUGUCAUAAGUUAAUUGUCAAAAUAUUUUCCAGAUGUCUAAUUCUAAAUUGAGAACUGCGUGAACACCAGGGCCCUACUGUACAACCAGCACAAAGCAUUUUGGUGCAGCGCAAGUACUUCUGUGCCUUAGACCAAGUCAAUGGAACAUCAGUAGAAUUAUAAUAGAAUCGAACUACAUUAAGGCCAAUAAGUGUACAGCAUAACAAGGUGUAGCCAAGUUGACUGACAGGCAGGUAUGUUGUCGCAGUUUGCCAGGAAGCUUGAAGCCAACAGCUCAACCUCUUUGCUGGUUUUUGGGUCAAUCAAAGUUCAUGUAAACUGAUUUUUUUCCAAGACAGUCACAUUUGUUGUUUAGCUUCAUAAUAUUUCUUUAGAGAUCAAUGGAUGACUUUGCUGAAACUGUGUCAAUGGAUCAACUGCACCACUUAAAACUUUCAUCUGAUGAUAUUUACCAUGCAUCUUUUUUUGUCAUAACCUUAGGCGGUGUAUAUCACAGCCAUCCUGCCGUACGUAGUGCUGGCCAUCUUCCUGAUUAGAGGACUGACUCUCAAAGGCGCCUUGAGUGGACUUGAGUUCCUCUUCACACCUGAUGUAUUUUCAGAUGAAUAAAAAGUGUUAUCAUUAACAAAUAUUGCUGUUAAACAAAGAAAAAUAACACAAUUUUUUUUUCUCUAUUUAAUUUUAGGUGAAUGAACUGAUGAAGCCAACAACUUGGCUGGAUGCAGGUGCCCAGGUCUUUUAUUCUUUUGGUUUGGCAUGGGGAGGCCUCAUCUCUUUCUCAAGCUACAACCCUGUUCAGUAAGAGACAUCUAUAAGCACUCAGUAGUUUCUUAACUUGCAGCUUCCAAUGCCACGGCCAUUUCAAGACCCAAUUUUACAAAUGUCUCAUUCUUAUGGCUCAUUUUUUUGUCUCUUUCAAAGCAACAACUGCUUGAAAGACGCUGUGAUUCUCACGGUUGUAACCGGCUUAACAUCAGUCUAUGCUGCAUCAGUCACCUACACCAUCAUUGGCUUCAGGGCAACAGAGAGAUAUGACACAUGUAUUAGCGAGUAAGUAUGUCGUCAUUUUUGAAAAGUCUAUCAGAUCAUGCAUCAAUAUUUCACAGACCAGGAGAGUUUCUGCACAGCCCCGUGUGCAUGCUACAGCAGAGUUGAGUUUUUUUUUUUUUUUUGAUCUGGCUUACGAGGGCACAUUGUAAUAUUUUAAGAAAGAGCCUUGUUAAACAGAAAGAAAGUACUACACCUCUGACUUUAGGUCAGAUUAUUGCAGUGGAGCAGUCUCUUAAGGUAUUAAAUAGGCAACCAAUGUGCCAGGCCACCCUAUGUACAUAUGGACUCCCCUCCAAUAUAGACCAAUACACCAAUGGGUGCAAAUAUAGUUGAAAGUAUGUUGCUACAUACAAAAGUUUUAGUUAAGUUCUUUUUAUUGCAAACACUUUGUUAAGUGUCACAAAGUCAACUUUUAACAAGAUCAAAGAUAUUUGGUUGAUCUUGAAGUCCUUUUGUUCCCUUGCAUUACUUCUAUUCAUAUCAUCUGUAUAUUUAUCCAUGCUCAUGGAUAUAUCAUACUUUUCUUCAAAGUAGUUUUAACAUAUCCACAUUAAGUAGUUUGUGGAUUUUUUUUUCCUUCUUAGUAACAUCAUGAUGCUGCUGAACACAUUUGACCUUCCUGAAGACAGCAUCACUGCAAGUAACUACGAGCAAGCAGUCAACAGUCUCAACAGCUCGAACCCUGAUAUUGUCCUUGGAUUGGACAUCAGACCCUGUGAUUUGAAGAAACUCCUCAGUGAGGUGACUGUGCAUUGACGCAAGUAAAUCAAAAGAAUUAUUAAAGUUUUUUACCUGCAUUUGGACUCAUGUGUGUAUAUGUGUGUUUUUGCAGGGAGUGGAGGGGACAGGUCUGGCAUUCAUUGUGUUCACUGAGGCCAUCACUAAAAUGCCUGGUUCUCCCAUCUGGUCUGUCCUCUUCUUCACAAUGCUUUUCUGCCUUGGACUCUCAACACUGUUUGGCAACAUUGAAGGGGUGGUGGUCCCACUGAAAGACCUGAACAUAUUCCCUAAAAAGUGGCCCCAUGAAGCACUAACAGGUAACUUGGUUUUCAUCUCUAUUUCAAUUGAACCCUCUGCUCCCAAUAAAACACCUUUAGUACUUGCAUCUGGUUUCUUUUUGUCGAACUAAGCUUCAUUUUUCAUGCCUGUGUGUUUCAGGAGUGACAUGUAUUGUGGCAUUCAUUAUCUGCCUCCUGUUUGCACAACAUUCUGGGAUUUACUGGGUAACCCUCUUUGACAACUUCGCCGGAUCUGUCCCACUUCUGACCAUUGGAUUAUUUGAGAUGAUAGCUGUUGUUUACAUCUAUGGCAUAGACAGGUUAGAGCCUAUUAAAAAAUGAAAUUUACUUUAUUGAUAUCUCACUCGGGGGAAAUUUAAUUGCCAUUCAAAGUUUCAUAGUGAUAUGUUAUCUUCAUUGGCGUACUGUUAAGAAAUGGGUUGAAUGCUCAAUUUAAUACAAGAUUAUAAUUCCCAGGUUCAACAAUGACAUCAAGUUCAUGAUUGGAUACAAGCCUUCCAUCUUCUGGCAGAUUUCAUGGAGAGUCAUCAGUCCCCUUGUGGUUUUGGUCAUUUUAGUUUUCUACCUUGUCACCCAAGGCCAAGAGACGCUUACCUACUUAGUCUGGGAUCCCAAAUCUGUGAGUAUAAAUCUCUGAAUAUACUCCCACUUCAUGUUAUCUUAUUUUCUAGCACCCCAGCACAUUUUAAUACAUGCACUUGUCAUCAUGUGUUUUGUUUGACAGGAUGACUUCCCAUCCCUGGCAUCAGUGCCCUACCCUUCAUGGAUCUAUGUGAUCAUCUUUCUUUUGGCAGGAAUCCCCAGUCUGGUUACGCCUUUUUAUGCAUUAUUUAGACUGAUCUUUUGUCGCUGCAAAGAACAAAAAUAAGCUAAUGUUCUCACCUGUUUGAGCAGGCUUGUUUGAAUUUGUCCUUAAAUUAGUACUUUGACACUUACAAGCACGUAUCUUCUAUUUCCCAUGCACAAGUAUGUUAGUAGAUAUCAUAAAAAAGGAAUGGUUUGUAUAAUAUUUAGCAUGUUUUUUAUGAAAGAAAUGUUACUGUUUUAAUUUAAAUUACUACUUUUACUAGAAUAAAGAUUUUCUUAUAAAGUGACUCUAUUGUGGUAUUCAACUCUCCUUUGUGUUAUAGUUCAUGCAUUCAAACCAAUUACAAUACUUGUCCAAUCUGAAGACUGAUAACUGUUAAUGAUUCACAACAUAAGAUAUUAAAGUAAGCUGCACAUGUUUCACACACUCGUGUUUCCUGCACUUGAAAUCUUGUGAAACAGUAUCCUCAGUCAGAUGUCUGUGUUUGUCUAACUUACCUUAUCUGAAGAACUUGACCUGGUAGCAUCCCCUAGCUGCAGGAAGGGUUCUUUCAGGUGUUGCUCAGUGUAGGCGGUUCCUGAAAUACAGUGAGCAUGAAAUUAUAAAUGCAGGAUAUAAUAGGAUAAAGCUGCUUUGAAUGCUACAACACUGUAAAGACACAACAACUGCUGGGCUUUGACACAUUCUGUGAAUUAGUAUUGACAAAAGCAUGCAGACAGUAACUUAAAUUUGAUCUGUGCUUAAACUGAGAACAACAGUUGUACACAUAAGGUUUUCAUAUUUCAUAUUAUGUAUUUCUUUACAUUCAUACCUAACUUGUGUUUUACUUCUACCAUUAAAAAUUGUCCAAAUCUACACCCUGGCACUUCAUGUUGUUUUACUAAUUGUGGCAUUAUCCUUUGUACAAGUUAUCCAAAAGACAGGCAGAAGGCAACAGACUUCCAUCUGGACAAAGUCAUUGAAAAAUACAACCUACCCACUGAAAGUCACUAUGGAUUCAGAGUAAACAGGUCAACAAUACUGGCUUUACUAGAUUCAGUCAAAGAAAUCAUAAACUCUAUUGACCAGAAAAACGUGCAUUUGGGAUGUUCAUCAACAUUAAAAAAAGCAUUCAACAUAUCAAAUUGUCAUGGCAGAGGUGUAGUGUUGGUCAAGAGUUAUUUAGAAAACAGGAAACAGUUUGUGUAGUUCAUAGAUUAUUGCUCAUCCCGUUUGGACAUUACUUGUGGUGUCCCCCAGAGGUCAGUGUUAUAUAUCAAUGUUAUUUGCAAAGUAUCAAAUGUACUGGUGCUUGUUUUGUGUGUAGAUGUUAGAAACAUAUUUUGUUGUGGUGAGAAUUUGAAUAAAUUAGGAAUUGACCUUAAAAAUGAGCUAAUUAAAGACAGUUAUCGUUAAACACAAAAAAAAUUAUGUUGUUUAUAAACUGGAUUAAUAGACAAUAAUAACCUUAUAAUAAUUAUAAUAACUUUAUUUAUAUAGUACCUUAAAAAAAGCUGUUUACAAAGUGCUUUAACAGAUAAAACAGACAAAGGCAGAAACAAACAAAGGUAAAUUGACAGUUCAAAAUUGAUGGAGUUAAAGAGUGAAUGAUGGAGAAGGGAUGAGAACAAAUAAGUUUGUACUUCUUCCCGCUCCUUUUCAGACGUGUUAUAAUCAUCUUUUUGAAAAUCCUGUGUUGCACCAUACUUUGUAUCUUGUUUGUACCUUGAUUUUUAUUUUACAUGUUUGAAAUAAAAAUGGAUUGAUCAAUCAUUAACAAGGGUCUUGUAGACAGUCGGGGAAUCAGCAAGACCAAAAGGCAUAACAAGAUAUUUACAACGUUAACUGCAACUAGGAAGUUGAAUUAUCUCUACCUUUUCAUCAGGCAGGUCUGCUAUUCUGUGAGUUUUGAACUUAAAAAAUCUUGUCACUCUUGCAGAUGCAUGACAAUAACAACCUGCCCACUUCCCCUAUCUAUCGGGUCAUUACUCAUUUAUUGUUAUGACAUGACCCUCUGAUAAAGGUAGAUAAUAGGUCAUGGUCUGUAACUUUGAAAUGUGGCUUGUCUUUGUUCUUUGAUGUUUGGCAUGCUGGUGUAAGGCAGCACACUCUAUACAACCUCCCACCCUUAGGCUCCCUAACACAUUCAAGACAGAUUCAGUCUGAGCAGUUUGCUGGUCUUGUUGUUGGUCAUUCAAUCCUUCUUGUAUCUGAAAGUUUGGAUUUCCUCAGAGACUGUUGCUCCUAGGAUAAUGACUAAGAUAGUAAGUUUAAAACCUUUUUAUCUUCAAGACUCAUGACCUACAUGCUUCUUGAGGUCGAGCUUUUCCUUCUGUAACACACUGCAUCAGUUUGGCAAUGGCUUUGGUAAGCUGUGUACAGCUAGAGAGCUUAAGAAACCAGCAUCUAUAGAAACCAGCUGCCAUGGAAUCUAUGUACCGGUGUUUUGCACCAUAAAUCUGGAUCUCUGAACCAGUUUCCAGCCCUUUAUCAGAAAUUCUGAGGAAUACAUGAGGCCAUAUGUCUUCUUGAACUUGUGUUGGCAUUUACCCUGAUUUAUUGUAUGAUACAAGCCUCAAAUACUUAAACUGGCACUAUUGUUGGCCUCAUUUUAAGCCUAUUCAAAAUGAUUUUUUGGCAUGUAUCCUUUUUGAAGCUUUUCUUAUCAGGUUGUUUGGGCCUGUCUGGCAACUAAUUGCAUCAGGUAAGUGCAACGGUAGAGAUUUUUACUCUUAACUCUCCAAACAAUAUGAUAAACAGUUACACUGCUUAAACUUAAAAUCAACUAGUUUUAAGUGAUCGAAGAGCCAGGACUCCACAGUUAGCUGAAUGAUCAUGAUAUUGGGCUAAACCAUGCACUUCUGAAAGAUAAUGAAAGGUGCUGACAAAACUUACCACUCUGACCUCCACUGAGAGGACCGGAAGUUGAGGGGCCUUUCAAAUUAAAAGUGAUUAGACCAGGAGGUAUGUAUUUUUUUGUCACGUGUGAAUAUAUUUUAUUUCUUGGGGCUUUAUUUUAGGCAUAAAAUGUUAAUAUGAUUUUUUUUUGUGUACUCGUAUUCAACAAAGACACUAUACAAAAUGGGAUCAGCCCUUGAAACAAACUGGAAUGUGUGAGAAAAAACAUCACCUCGGGUCCUCUGAAGGUGGGUCCUCACAGUGGAAGUGGGUCCUGACAGUGGAGGUCUGCAGCCAGACCCCUUUCGAUGCAUGUGAGGAGGAUAAGAGUGGAUGAGAGACUUGCAUGUAAUAAUAAACUUGCAGAGAAGUAAUUAUAAUAAGAAAUACAAUUAACAAAGAAAUCACAACAUUUUGUUUGAGGAAAUGACUCCUCUACAGUUUUGACCAACAACUUUUAUCUCAACUCUGCAAUAAAAUCUUUUCUAUUUAGCUUUUACUUGUUCCUCUCUAUUUGUCUUUUUAUUCUUACUGAUUCCUGUUGUGUUUAAAUUGUUGGCUUUUUAAUGUUCUGUUUUUGUCUCAUUGUUUUUUGUGGACCCUUGGAACAAUAGUUAUCGGGACCCUACAAGAAUCAUCCUAAAAGAACAAAUAAGUAUAAAGAUGUCAUGGAUACAAACCCUCAAUCUUACUCCUAAACAUCUCUUUAGUGUGAUCUUAAACCUGUGAGUAAACAAGGUUCAUGAUCGGCUCUUGUAUUAUCUUCAUAAUUCACGCUGGUGUACAAUAGAAGAAUGCUCCCCAAUGAGAUGUACUGCUUGGCUGUGCUGCACAGGUGUACAGCCAAAAUCCUGGAUGGUCAUCACUGUUAGGAGGAUUAUUUGAUUAACAAAAGAAGAUGUAUUUUUUCCUGCAACUUUGAUCUAUUUUGUGAUUGACUAUUGGAACACUAACUCUGACUUUGUAAAUGGAAAAACUAAAAGUGUGAAAUGAAUUGAGUAUGUACAGUGUGUUUAAACAAGGUGUUAGGAAUCUGAGUGGCCAAGAGAGGGAGAGCUCACGCCAUCUAAAAGUAGACAGAGGGGAAGUGAGGUCAGUGAAUUAGAUAAGGUCAGUGAACUACUUACAGCACUGGAUGGAGCAGGAAAGAUAGUGUGUAAAUGAGAGGCAGGCAGAGUCUUGAACCACCGUGCUGAAGGUGCUUUAGCAGUUUAGGUUGUAAACUGAACUGUUAAAUGUAGCUUUGAAAAUUCAAAACAAGGACCUGGUUAAGUUUAUUCCAGCUUAGUUAAACUUUCUCCUGGUCAUUUAAUGCGCAUGAUCAACAGUCAGGCCAUUAUCUUUCAAUGAUUUACAAAACAAUGAGGCAGCUGCACAUUGUAUACUUAUCAGUGUGCUGAUAACCUCUGCGCUGAAUGAUUCUGAUUUCUUUUACAACAUUAUCAUCUGAUUAUUUGAUUGCGCUUGGUGUAAAUGCCUGUUGAAAAAUUACAUGUAAUUUAAUCGCAGUGUACUCAUCAGGAAGUCCAUACUUUUAUUGGGUUUUGUUAUUGCACGGUGUUACAUGUGGACAACGAAGAAAAGAGGGAUGCAAAGUCUUUCAUUAAGUUAAACAGGAAAAAACUAUUUAAUUUUAAUUAUUCUCUUAAAAUGAGGUCUCUGAUACAGUUUCAGAAAGUUUGCCCCACUAAAAUUCUGGAAGAUCAAAACUAUAUACAGAAAGUCUAUAAAGACACACAGAAAUUAUAACUUGGUGUAUCAUCAUUAGAAAUUUGUUAUCAACAACUACAUUCUAAACAGUCGUAAAUAUGGAGCAAUUGAUGAAUUGGAACAACAAUAUACAAAUAUAUAUAUAUAUAUUUCUCUCUCUCUGUCUCUCUCUUUCUAUCUCUCUCUCUCUCGACAGAAAAACAGCAUCAUCAUAUCCUGGAGAAGGGGCUCUCUGUCUUGAAGGGAAGGUAGCUGAAAAUAACAGGUAUAUGAGAGGUUACAUAACUGUGGAAAGUUACAAGGUUGGAGUAGUAACUGAGAUUAAACCUGGUAGUAUCUUGUUUUGAGUUAAUAGUGUUCUUUUGUCAUAUAAUUGUUAAUAAGAUUAAUAUUUGAUUUGAAUGACUGACUAAAUGGGAAUUAAAAAACAAAAAACAUAGGUGCAGAGAAUGCACACGGUAAUCUGUAGAGCCUACAUCAGAUAAUGGGACAGAUCAUAAACUUGUUUUGAAAUUGCCAGGUCUAACACCAAGCCUUCACUUUGGCUUACAGGGGCAACAGUGUAACAUGAGACUGUUAAUUCCUAACCCAGGACUGGAUAGUAGGAUACUGUCCUAUGAAGAUCUAAAAAAAACAGAUGCCGGUGACAGGCCCAAGUGGGACAACAAAGCUCAAUAUAUUUUAUCCUGCAUUGGCUUCUGCAUUGGAAUUGGCAAUGUGUGGAGAUUCCCUUACUUGUGUCAAAGUAAUGGAGGAGGUAAGCGAGGAUGCAGUGUGUAAAAAGUCAUCUUAUGACUAGGCUGUUUAUGGACUUCCAAGCCUUUUAUCAGCGUAAGAAUAACUAAGAAAUACGUUUUCACUGUUUUUGGCACAGGAAGCGAUUUUGAUAAAGCUGUUUAUUGACAGGCAAUUCUUCCGUUACAAAUCAUAGUAUUCUAAAGGUAGUUUAGCUUCUUAUGCUUUUCUCUAUUUGAAAGAUUGUUUCCUAUGAUGAUCAUCUAAUUCUUUUAAAUAGUGUUGAUAAUGCAUUUAGUAAUUGAUAAUGCAUUUUUUAACCACAAAAAAAUUAGUGUCACUCUUUGAAUAUACUUUUGUUUCCUUUAAAAGUACCAGUGUUUAGUCGAUCUGGAAUACUCAUUUUUUAUGAGACAGUAGGACUGUUUUCUAAUGCAAAACAGUAACAUCUAAUAAUACCUUUUACCAGUUGUUGUGCAACAUUCAUAAAUGGGGUCAAUUUAUAUAACUCAAGGAGGAAACAAACAUUUUACGCAAUUGUUGCAUCGCAAACUGACCCUGUAGGUCUUAAACAGCACACCUGUUUGUGUAAUAAAUGAUAUUCACAGCUGGGUUUUAUGCAUUACCUUUACUUAUCUGCUACUUUAUUUUCAAGGGAUUCACAAUACUAAAUUUAAUUCAGAUUAUCUCAUAAUAAAUGUACAUUCUUUUUUAAUUAUGUGAAUUAUUGAUUAAAACAGAAGUUUUAUCAUCCCUAUGCUUGAUAAAUAACAGUGAAAAGACAACAUGACAAAUGUUGAAACUCUAAAAUUAAAUUGUUUUAGGAAAUAUAUCUACUUAUUUUAAAUCUAAUGCAAGAGACACAUUUCAAAACAGUAAGGACAGGGUUAACACUGAAAACAUGUGGAGUAACAAGUUAACAACAUUGCUGGUUGUUAAAAAAAAAAAAAAAAAAAAGCCAAUCCAGAGAGGCUGAAUCUCUCCGAUGUUAAGAUGGGAGUGGUUCAUCACUCGAUGAGGCACCACGUGAGUAAGUUAGUCAACAGUUUUGUAAGACACUUCUUAUUUUCAUAGAUUAAUUUAUAUAAUAGAUUAAAAGAGGGCUUCAUAGACGGAUAUCCUUUUUAAGAUGAUUGGAGUCUGAACCUGUAGGCUGAUAAUUAAGGUUAAGAAUUAAUCCUGUAGCCCCCUGUAAAGCCAGAGACCAGCUAGAAAACAUUCCCAGCCAAACAAUAAACUUUCCUGGCCUUCCUCUUUAACAAAACACUCUCAACCCGGGAGGACGGAUCUUGAAAAACUUGAUAAUUAAAAAUAUUAAGUUAUUACCAGAGAGGACUAUUAUUGCUUUGCUGCCAAAGUCAAACAUUUAACUCACUAUCUUUUGCUUUGCCCUUUUACUAAUUAAUUGUAAUAAAUCACACAUUGACUUCCAGGUGCAUUUAUAAUCCUCUUCUUGAUCCUGCUGGUGGUGGGAGGAAUUCCUCUCUUACUGAUGGAAUUUGCCAUCGGUCAGCGUCUCAGGACAGGAAGUAUCGGAGCUUGGAAGGCAAUCCACCCUUAUUUGAAUGGUAUCGGUAAGAAAAUCGAGCUCCAGUACAAUUUGUCUCAAAGAACUAUCUGUACCACAGCAAAACAGAGCAGUAGAUGACAUCCUGUGUGCUGGCUGUCAAUCUGUUCGUAUUUCUUUCCUUCUCAGGUAUAGGCUCUAUGCUGGUGUCAAUGCUGAUUGUUCUGUACUACAACGCAUUAAUUGCCUGGAUCUCUUGGUAUCUCUUCAAUUCCUUCCAAAGCCCGCUGCCUUGGUCCCAGUGUCCUCUCAAUGAAAAUAGGACAGGUACUUUAGUGCACUCAAAGAUCCUUAGCACUUCAAUUUUAAAUGCCAUUCCUGAACAUGACGUUUGUUAUUUUAUGCCCCUGUCAGGCUUUGUGGCUGAGUGCCAGGGGAGCUCAACCAUGGAUUACUACUUUUACAGAGUAACUCUAGAUACCACAGCCUCUAUCGAUGACUCUGGUGGAAUCAACUGGCAGAUAGUGAUAAGCCUGCUCACUGCCUGGUCAGUCCUCUGUAUCUGCUACAUCCGGGGGAUCAGUACCUCAGGAAAGGUAUGUCAGGUUCUAGUCAAAACCUUGCAGUAGCUUUUACCCAACAUACUGUAUAUUUAUUUCCUAAUUUCCAUUUCUUGUCAUGAUCUCAGGCAGCGUAUGUCACAGCCAUCUUACCUUACAUAGUGCUGGCCAUCUUCCUGAUCCGAGGACUGACUCUCAAAGGUUCCGUGAAUGGACUUGUGCACCUCUUUACACCGGAUGUAUGUAUUGACUCUAAACCUGAGAAAGUCAAUUAUAUCUGAAUGAAAGAGAUUAAUGAGAAUAUAUUACUCCCUCUUGCAGGUUGACAUGCUGACAAAACCAACAACUUGGUUGAAUGCAGGUGCCCAAGUGUUUUAUGCCCUCGGUGUGGGGUGGGGAGGCCUCAUCUCCUUCUCAAGCUACAAUCCUGUUCAGUAAGAUCAUUUUGUAUUUUCCUCACUUAAUUGGCACAAAAUAUGGAAGCAAAUCUUUAUUAUGGUGGGUCCUUUACUUUUGUUUUUCUUUUCUUUUCUUUUCCCAAGCAACAACUGUAUAAAUGAUGCUGUGAUGUUGACAGUCGUAACCGGCCUCACUUCGAUCUACGCUGCCAUGGCCACCUACACCAUCAUUGGAUUCAGGGCCACCGAGAAGUAUGACAACUGUAUGAGCCAGUGAGUAGUCACAAUGAUGACUGUAAGCAGAGAUGGAGACUUUAGUUUGAGACUUAAACGCAGAUCCCACUUAAGUUGCACACUGUUGUGACUUGAGACUUGAUUCACACAAUCUUCAUUUAACAAAGUACAUAAUCAAUUUUAAUCUUAUUUUUAUCUGUACAAUCAAUGCUUUUUCAUGCCUUCUGACCACUCCAAGCACUUUUACAUUAUAUGCCACAUUCAUCCAUUUAAACUACACUGGACAAAAACCGGCUUCACCAAAACUUGACACUUCAUUUAGACUUGGAACCAAAGACUUGCCUUGAACUUAAAAUGGUAUAAGUGAUAUUUGCCCAUAUCAGAUUGACCAAAUGAGUGGUCAUAAGGACUGGCUUUAGUUAAUUUUUAUUCAGUAUAUACUGUCUUGUUUUGGAUUUUAAAGACACAAACUGCAAUUCUAGCAUUGACAAAGGGAUAUCCCAAGCACAAAUGGGACACCUGUUUCCAAGUACCAAUAACCAGAAAUAAGAGAAACUUGCAGAGCUUCCCUUGGGUGCUUUACUGGGCUGCAAUGCAAUCCUAACCAAGAUGAAGCAAUCCACUACUCUUAGCCAUAAAACCGUCCCAGACCUUGAGGUGUUUACCCUCAUCCUGCCAAAAGGAUCAGUAAAAAAUUCUACUGGCCACUGCACCUUAACAUUCUAUCUAUUAUUUGUUAAGUUGGUGACCAGAAGCCAGCAUAUAGUCCACUGUUUUCUUGAUGCAUACUAUACACUAGAAAUGAGUCCCUCUUUGUCUACCCCACCUUUGCCAACUCUCUUUUGCCUGUAGCUGUUUCAAAAAAAGGCAUGAUACAUACCAAUAUACCAAGCAUACCAAUUGAAUAUAAUAGUUGAAACCUUGACUUCUUGGGCAGAAUAAACACAUAAUGUUAUGUUCUUAUUUCUCUUAGUUAUUCUCAUAAAUAACAACCAACGUUUUUUUACCCACAGCAACAUCAUGACAUUAUUAAAUGCAUUUGACCUUCCUGAAAACACCAUUACGACAACCAACUAUGAGGAAGCUUUUACUCACCUUAACAGCUCCAAUCCUGAUACUGUUCUUGGUCUGGACAUCAAAACCUGUGACUUGCAGACCCUUCUCAGCGAGGUGACUAUUGAUAAAUAACCAUCUUUUCCCCCCACUUGUAUUACAAUAUUUGUUUGUGUUUCUGCAGGGAGCGGAGGGAACAGGUCUGGCCUUCAUUGUGUUUACGGAGGCCAUCACUAAGAUGCCUGCUUCCCCUUUCUGGUCCGUCCUCUUUUUUGUGAUGCUUAUCUGCUUGGGAAUCUCUAGUCAGUUUGGGACCUUUGAAGGUGUUGUGGUCCCACUGAGAGACCUUAAUAUAUUUCCUAAAAAAUGGCCCCAAGAAGCAGUAACAGGUAAUCUUUUUUUAUGGUUCAACAGAUCUACAUAAGCUUUGGAAUCCAAAGUACAAUGGUUCAAUAUUUUUUGUUAUAACCUGACUUGAAUUGUGUUUGUGUGUUUCAGGAAUUAUAUGCUUUAUCGCUUUUGUAGUCUCCUUCCUGUUUGCUCAGCGGUCAGGGUUUUAUUGGGUAACCCUCUUCGACAACUUUGCCGGAUCUAUUCCUCUUCUCAUCAUUGGUUUUUUUGAGGUGAUAGCGGUUGUUUACCUCUAUGGCAUAGACAGGUUUGUCCCUCUUCUACCUUGCUAUUGUUUUCCUUUUUGGGGUCCUUUGCUAGCUAAGUUAUAGCUAUUCACACUGCCAUAAUUAACCAAAAACUUUUCUGUGUUACAGGCUUAACAAGGACAUUGAGUUUAUGGUCGGACACAAGCCCUCCAUCUUCUUCCAGAUUUCAUGGAGGUUAACCAGUCCUUUGGUUGUUCUUGCUAUUUUAGUUUUUUACAUAGUUACAUUAGGCCAAGAUGAACUCACCUACUUAGUCUGGGAUCCCAAAUAUGUAAGUAAGCUAACCUUGUGAUAAGUUGUAGGGCUGUCGCAAUGUCAAAUUUUCUACUUGCAAUUAUCAUUAUCCAAAAAAAACCCCAAUUACAUUUCAUUUCAUGUGCAAAAGGAUCUAAUGAUGUUGUUUUAUGACUUGCAGGUCAAGUUCCCAUCCAUGGCAUCAGUGCCCUACCCAUCAUGGGUAAAUCUGGUCAUCUUUAUUUUGGCAGGGAUCCCCAGUCUCGCAUUGCCUACAUACGCAUUGUAUAGGCUGGUCCUUAAUAAAUGCGUGAAAAAGAAGCUGCCAGAGGGAAAAACCCACCAGCUUUCUCCAAGAGUUGUUUAAGAUUCAGAGGUUUGAGAUUUGGGGUUUGUAAUGUUUGUAUGUUUUUCAUUUUUUCCCUUUUUAUCAGAUAGUUGUCAGAAGUGAUUGUUUUUCAUACCCAUGAACAUGUUUUAAAAACUGAGUGUUUAUUUCUUAUUAAUAGCCUACUUGUAUUUCUGCUGUUUUAUACCAAAAUGUUGCUGCUUUAUCAAUAAAUUUUGAGUGCAAAGGACACUAUUUACCUUUUUUGUUGUUAUUUUAAAACAUCUGUCAACAAAGGAAAAAACACAACAUAGUCAGUACCUUUACAUGCACAGUAAGUCAAGAUACAGCUAAAGCUCAGUUGUCCAAUUUUACUAGACUACAGUCCUCGUCUCAGUUUACAUGUACUUGGCAAAAAUCGAAUUAUCGACAAAAGUUUAUCCACCUCUGCUUCAGUAAGUGGCGACAUUUCAUCUUCCAAUUUGUUACUAUCGGGUCGUCUCAGAGUUGAUAUUUUAGGUAUCAAAAUAGUCAAUUAGGAUAAUGAUAUGUAAUGGUCAUGUGCGUACAUAUGUUUUAAAAGUCCAAUUCUCGUUCGAUGCCUUGCAAAUUAGUUAUAUCAAGAAAGUCUUGAAGAAGUGGCAGGUAAUAUAGGAGCUAUUCCGCUCUCAGGCACUUAUGUCUUUUGGGGCAUGGUGAAAACUAAAAUCAUAAUGAGCUUUCUUGAGCACUGCAAUUUGCUACAGCACACGCUUGCUCUGCGAUAGUACUUUCUACCUCUCAGAGUCUGGCCUACAGACCAGGGCACAGGGGGUGGAGCUUGGAUAUGUGAUGUGGGAAAUCUCACUGUGUCUGAGCUUGCCGUUUGGGUCUGUCAGAGGUUCACAACAAUUUGAAUGCAGACAUACUCCAAACUGCGAUUUUGCACAUAGUUUUCUCAUGAUAUGUCCUGUAGCAUCAGAAAAAUGCCAUAUGCCAUAUUUUCCAUAUGCAACUAUUUGAGGAAGAGUAUUUGCAGACCUGAGCUUAUUCAUUUGACCAAGUUCAAACAAAAGCUUUCUUCUCCAAAUUUUUGUUGGUAUUGCAUCAAUGCAGCAAAAGACAGCCAACCAUACCUAAACUAACCUACAUCAUCUCCAAGUCAAACCCUGAGCCACUCCAGUAUCCAACCUCAUCCAAUCCUGCUGACUCAAACAGGUCUGCAUAGCUGCUGCUGGUUCUUCCAACCUGCUGCAGCUGAUAGAUUUUUUUGCCUUUCCAUCUCAGGACCCUUGCAUAUCUACCGAGCCUCCAGGGUACAGAGGUCUUGCUCUGCUUUUUCACUGACCUGCAGUUGUCCACUUUACAGCUCUAUGCCUUAACUUGCCUUUGACCUGGAUCUGGCCCCUUAUUCUCUUUUUAGACAACCUCUACCAAACCUUAUUAUGUUUCUAGUGAGGAACACAAGAAUAUUUUCUGUGACUUUAUCUCGUACUUAUGUGUUUUUGCAUUAGUUAUAAUUCAAUUAUCAAGUAAUAUUCAGCAUACAAAGAUUUUACAUAAGCUUACUCCUCAAGGUAAGACUUCAAGAUAAGAUAGUACAGCAGGACCCACCUCAAGGCCCUUAUCAGUUAAGCUGACAUUGUGUUUCAGUGCUGUAUGCCAAAACAAAGCCACGGAUGACUUGACAUUAACAGUGAGAGUAAAGUAACACUGGAAAUUUUGGAAGACACUUGGAGCCGGCCUGUAUGGUAAGAUAGUAAGAGAGUAAAAACAUGUAAACAUGUUUAUCUUAAGCUUACAGCAGAUGUCAAAUCGGUAAAUUUUAUCUUUUUGAAGGUGUUACUCUCUAAGAAUCUCCUCUGGAAGAACGUACCACAGCAGUGAACUCCCUGCCCCACCACUAUCUUCCCUUUAUCGCCAUUUAAAUGAUUGUUUAAGCAACAAAUGUGAACAGAACUCACCUGAAGUCAUCAUCAAUGACUGUGCCUCAUUUUACCAUAGUGGUUAUCUGCUUCCUUUAUCAGCCUUAUGGCCGUACAAUAACAUGACUACUGCAUGUGAGAGUUGGUUUCAAAUUGGACAAAAGGUCAGUUGCUUCCUGGAAGAGUAGACACCGAAUAAAACACUGUAUCUUUUUCCUGUUAAUGGACAAUGCUUCCUAUCUUGCUACUGUUGAUUGUGUGUAAUGUUUGAUCAAUGAAAUGACUGCCUAAAAAUCAUACAGUGCUCGCAAUGGCCAAUCUCCUCGCGGCACCAGAUAAAGAAAAGGACCAUAAACUUGUCAAGGCAUCACUAGGUACAAACAGUAAGCUGUCACUUUGCCUUCAAAGAACGACAGUGUAACAUCUGUGUUUCAGCAGGGGAACCAUGAAGCUGGUACUUCCUAACGCGGGACUAGAUGACAGGAUCCCAUCCUUGGAGGAUCUUCAGAGAAUGGACAAGGAGGAAGCAGGAGACAGGCCCAAGUGGGACAAUAAAACCCAAUACAUCUUAACCUGUGUGGGCUUCUGCAUUGGGAUUGGCAAUGUGUGGCGAUUCCCUUACCUGUGUCAAAGUCAUGGAGGAGGUAAGAUGAGAAAAAUGGAAUGAACAUUUGUGGUUAUGUUAUUGAUGAAAAGAGGAAAAACGUGUUGUUUAUCAGGGGUUUAUAAGUUUUGAAAUGCUUAUUGGUACCUUUGACUAACUUACCUUGGGGGACUUUUGUUUCAUAUCAUUCAGUGGGGAAACUGAAAAGUGGAUACAAAUUUUACAGAGCUCCUCUUUAUUUUUUUUACCUCAACCCCCCCAGCAAAAAGGAAACAAAAAAUCAUAUAUACCUGCCCUUUGUCUUAAUUACUCACAACAUGAAUCUUGUUGCUUAAUUAGAAUUAAAAAAAGGGCUGUUGUUAGAUAACUUAUCUGACUGUCUUCCACUUUCAAAAUCACCCUAAUCUCUGUGAGUGGAUUUAUGUUUCUUAUCAAAAGUGGUUGCUUUGAUUGACGCAUACUUAUUUGAAUUAUAUAAACUGAGUCAUCCUGAAUGAGAUAGUGUUCAUGGAUUUAUUUUACUGCCGUAUCUGUUAUUUUUAAGCUCAAUGUUCAAGUUUUGUUUAUUUAUUCAUUUCUUUUGUUUUGUUGAACACAGUGCACCUGAGACUUUCAAAUUGUUGAAGUUCAUCACAAAUUCAGUUAAAGGAAAGCGUAAGAGUAUUAGAGGCUCAGCUUCAGGUUUAACAAGUACAAACUGCCAGCUAAGGCCAGUUGGCAUUGAAGGAGGAGUCAUUACAUCAUUGAAUUAAUUCAUAUUAGUUUGUAUUGAUCACAUGUUAGGACCUGUGGUGCAGAUUUACUGCCUAGAUUAAACAUUAAUUGGCUUGCAGAGCAUUUUAACUGUGGGUAAGGCAGGUCAUCGUCAUAAAUUAAACAAUAUAUGUGUUUGAUGUGACUAUUUAUCUUAUAUUCCAGGUGCUUUUUUGAUACCGUACUUGAUUUUGCUGGUGCUGGAAGGCAUGCCCCUCCUGCUGCUGGAGUUUGGGAUAGGCCAGCGUCUCAGGAAAGGCAGUGUUGGAGUUUGGAGGUCAAUUAACCCUUAUUUGACUGGUAUUGGUAAGAAAAUACUGCUCUUAUACAAUUCAUUCAAAACAAAAACUAAAAAGACAUCAGCUUAUGUCACAUCACAGUCAUCUUCAAAUCUGAUAAAUCAGUUAUUCUCUCUUUUACAGGUAUAGCAUCUAUGCUGGUGUCCUUAUUGAUUGGGCUGUACUACAAUACAUUGAUAGCCUGGAUCAUGUGGUAUCUCUUCAAUUCUUUUCAAAGCCCGCUGCCUUGGUCCCAGUGUCCCCUCAAUGCUAAUGCAACAGGUAGGAACUUGAAAAUAUAAGAGAAAUAUUCAUGCAUAUUGAGCAAACUAAGCUCCAUUCAUGUUUGUGACACUUCCAGAGGACUCUUUCUUUCCCCUCCAGGCUUUGUAUCAGAGUGCCAACAAAGCACAACAGUGGAUUACUACUUUUACAGAGUGACUCUAAAUAGUUCAACCUCCAUAGACGACUCUGGUGGGAUGCAUUGGCCCAUGGUAGUCUGCCUACUGGCUGCCUGGUCUGUCAUCUGUAUCUGUUACAUCCGAGGGAUCAGUACCUCAGGCAAGGUUUGUCGAGUUUCAGUGAAAUGACCAUCUUUUUAGGAAGAUCAGUGUCAAAGUUAUUUCAUUGUUUUCCUUUUAUUUUUAUGACCUCAGGCAGUAUAUGUCACAGCCAUCCUGCCCUACAUUGUGCUGUUCAUCUUCCUCAUUCGUGGACUGACUCUUAAAGGCUCCUUAAGUGGACUUCAGCAUCUCUUUACACCAGAUGUAUGUUUGUUUCAUUGAAAAAAGCCAAUCUUAUGCCACUGUCAUCAAAUUCAUAUUCUAGUUUUCCAAAGUUUUUUUUUUUUUUGCAUUAUCUGAAUACAGCUCUAUUACUCAAAAAUCACACACACAUGAAAACAUGCACCUUCCUCUUGCAGCUUGAUAAACUAACAAAACCCACAACUUGGCUGGAUGCAGGAGCACAGGUGUUUUAUGCCUUCAGCUUAGCAUGGGGAGGUCUCAUCUCAUUCUCAAGCUACAACCCUGUCCAGUAAGAGGCACUCAUAAAGCAUUAUCAGUUAAACUCAAAGUCACUUGAAUGAAAUAAAAAAAUAAAUCUUAAACUGCUGUGGCUUGACGUUCUGCAUUUGUUUUUACAAGCAACAACUGUGUGAAAGAUGCUGUAUUUCUGACGGGGGUAACCGGCUUCACCUCAGUCUAUGCUGCCACUGUCACCUACACCAUUAUCGGCUUCAGGGCCACAGAAAAAUUCGACACCUGUAUCAGCAAGUAAAACUUCUUCCAUUUUUCAUCAUCAAAACACAACAGAUCAAAGAUUUCGAUAAUAUUGACUUUAGUUAUCUGCGCUGUAAAAAGAGUGCUUCUAAAUAGUGUCAUGUUUUCUCUCCAGCAACAUCAUGACAUUAUUGAACGCAUUUGAGCUUCCUGAAGACAGCAUCACUCCAAGCAACUACGAAGCAGCUUUUGCUCACCUGAACAACUCCUCCCCUGAUGUUAUCCUCGGACUGGACAUCCCAACCUGUGACAUGAAGACCCUUCUCAGUGAGGUGACAACACUGGUGGCUGUUUAUUGGUUUCAUAAGUUAUUAUUGCUGAUCUGUAUUUUGUCCAUUUUUGCAGGGAGUGGAGGGGACAGGUCUGGCCUUUAUUGUGUUUACAGAGGCCAUCACCAAGAUGCCUGGUUCUCCAGCUUGGUCCGUCCUCUUUUUCAUUAUGCUUUUUUGUUUGGGGAUCUCAAGCCUGUUUGGCAACAUUGAAGGAGUGGUGGUCCCACUGAAGGACCUGAAAUUGGUACCCCAAAACUGGCCUCAAGAAGUUGUAACAGGUAAUCUGUUCUUUAAAACACUAAAGAUAUAUACAGCCCAAAAGCUAUAAUUGGAUUUUCAUCAAUACAAAAGCUGAUUGUUUCUUUAUUUGUUUCAGGAGUAACCUGCUUUGUGGCCUUUGCCAUGUCCCUCCUCUUUGCGCAGCAUUCAGGGAUUUAUUGGGUAACCCUCUUUGACAGCUUUGCUGGAUCUGUUCCACUUCUAACCAUUGGCUUAUUUGAGAUGAUAGCUGUUGUUUACAUCUAUGGAAUAGACAGGUAAGCAAAGAUAAUGUAUCUACUUUAUGAGGUGUUGUAUAAGAAAAGGUAAGCAUAUUGUAAUUGGCGGGACCAACCUGAUGCUGCUUGUUAUGGGGCUAUUUAUCAAGAAAUCAAUAACUCACACCAACCAUUGAUUUGACAAUUAUUUAAUUUAAAGGUGGUAACUGUAAAGUAUUUCUCAUUAAAAACCAUCACAAUUUGAGCUGCGUCCACAGUAAUGACUGACUCUGUCCUCCCAAAAUGAGUUGGUCUAUCAAUUAAUAAUGUUAAGCAGUUUAUUUUAUUUAUUUAUUUAUCUAUUUUGAGGAGCUAACUCAUCUGUAAUUCUUGGGCGAUUUAGAUAAAAAAAAAAGAAGCCUUAUGAUUUUCAACAUGCUUGCAAAGGCUAUAAGGCUGUAAGCAACCCAAAUGUCCAUACUUUGUUCAAUUUCGUAGAGUUUUUGCUUCCUAAGCCUUCUUCACAAUGUUUGUGUCCUCUCUUGGUUUUGGCGUUGCAGAAAAAAUCAAUGUCAAAUUAACCAUACUAUUUUGUGCGAUUACAAGGUUAUAGUUAGUCCUCUAGAGUCUGAAUUCAUAGCAACAUCUCUUGCAAUGGUUUGGUCUUCGUGAUUGUGGUCUGAAAUGGAGAAUUAACAGAUCAUAGCUGUUAAAUACUGCUCUGCAAUAGCCAAUCAGAAUCAAGUAUUUCACAGGGGGAUGUAAUGAUGUUGCACAGCAUCCUUCCCAGUGACUAUUUAGUGUAUUUAGUAUGGAGUAUUUCAACUUAUUACUGUUGUUCAAACUUGCUGAGAAUUGAUACUAAUGUUGUUGGAAUCCUAUCAUAAGCCUGUGAUUUAUUACAUUUUAUUAACCUGCAUUUUCUGUUUAUCAGGAUAGAAGUCAAUAAUCUCAAUAAAACUCUUUUGUGUGGCAGGUUCAAUGAAGACAUUAAGUUCAUGACUGGAUACAGGCCCGGCAUCUUCUGGCAGGCGUCAUGGAGGGUCAUCAGUCCUCUAGUAGUUGUUGUAAUUUUAGUUUUUUACCUGGUUACACAAGGCCAAGAAGAGCUCACCUAUUUAGUCUGGGAUCCAGAGUCUGUAAGUUCACAAGUUUAUCGAUUAAAUAUGUUCUUGUUUGACACUGAGUGUAUUAGUUGUUAGUCAAUUUCAGUUAGUCAAUUUCACAAAUAGUGGUACAGAUAACACUGCCUUCUCAUUUUGCAGAAGAAAUUUCCAGCUCUGGCUCCAAUACCUUACCCUUCAUGGAUCAAUGCAGUCAUCUUUCUUCUGGCGGGGAUCCCCAGUUUGGCAGCACCUUUGUAUGCAUUGUAUCGGCUGGCUUAUGUGAGCUGCAAAGACAAGAUGAAAACCAGGGAGAAACUGAAACAAAUUUCUUAA